AUGAGUACAAUUAUUGACGAAAAGGGCGGAAAGGGCGAAGCUGUCAUGGGACAGGGGAUCCAGGAGGAUGUCACUUUGGAGGAGCUGGGAUACCAGCAAGAACUCAAGCGGUCUUAUGGUCUGUUGGAUAUGCUCGGGUUCAGCUUCAGCAUUGUGACAUGCUGGUCGGCAUUGAGCGGAGUUUUCAUCAUCGGAGUCAGUGCUGGUGGUCCUCCCGUGAUUCUGUAUGGGUGGAUUGCGACCUGCGUGCUCACCAUCGCCGUGGCCUGUGCAAUGGCAGAAAUGUGUUCGUUAUGGCCCGUAGCCGGCGGACAGUACUCUUGGGUGGCUUUAAUGGCACCGAAGAAAAUUGCGCGUGAGAUGUCCUAUAUGACUGGCUGGUUUAUGUUGAUGGGUAUUCUGUCCAUGGGAUCUGCCAAUAAUUCUUUCAUCUCCAACAAUAUUCUGGGUCAGGCCAAUCUUGUAUUUCCGCAAUACACGAUUGAGCGUUGGCAAAGCGUUCUCGUAUCAUAUCUAGCUGCCCUUCUAGGAGGCGUAAUUAAUAUAUGGACACCUCAUCUGCUACAUAGGCUAGCACGAGCCGUGUUUUUGUGGAAUAUGGUUUCGUUUAUCAUCAUUGUGAUUGUGUUGCUCGCCACAAAGGAGCACAAGCAAAGUGCGGACUUUGUCUUCAAAGACUUCCAAAAUGGGACCGGCUUCGGAACUGCAAUGGCCACAAUGAUAGGGAUCGUGCAGGCUUUUUUUGGAAUGUGUUGUUAUGACACCCCGGUCCAUAUGACCGAGGAGAUGACCCAUCCUUCUCGAGAUGCUCCGCGGGCAAUCAUCAUGUCUGUUGUCAUCGGUGCAGUGACCGGGUUCGCGUUUCUGCUUACUCUGUGCUUCUGCAUUGGAGAUAUCUCUAGUACGGCCAACACGAGCACAGGAUCCCCGGUGUUGCAGAUCUUCUAUGAUUCAACAAAUAGCAAGGUCGCCACAUGUUUUAUGGGCAGUAUGAUAACUGUUAUCAUGUUUGUCAGUACUAUUAGCCUGAUCACUGAUGGUUCUCGAUCACUUUAUGCUUUUGCGCGCGAUCACGGCUUGCCUUUUUCCGGCUUCCUUUCACAGGUCAGCAAGAAGAGACAGGUUCCUGUCAAUGCAAUCGUGGUAACGGUCAUAAUCCAAAUGGCCUUUAAUUCGAUUUAUUUCGGGACUGUUACGGGCUUCAACACUGUUGUAUCAAUUGCCACCACAGGAUUCUAUGUAUCCUAUGCUCUUGCUCUUUUAGCUCGUGUGCUGGGCUAUUUCUUCCGUGAUAAGCUGAUUUUUACCGGCCCAUACUCAUUCAGCUUGCCCAUCUCUCUGUCCAUAAACGUGAUCGGCUUUUUAUUUCUAAUAUUCGCGUUCAUCAUUUUCAACUUCCCGUCCGAGGCUCCUGUUGACGAAUCCACGAUGAAUUACACCAGUGCCGCCACUGGGGUUAUUGCAGUACUGAGUCUGAUCACCUGGUUUACCACAGGCCACCGAUAUUUCCAUGGUCCCGCUGAGGGACACAUUGUUCAUGGGCAGGAACAGGAGCAGGGGGAUACUGUUGUGGUGGGAAGGGAGACCACCAAAGCUUAA